AUGUUCGUGUGCAGUCCGGUUCCCUUCCUGUUAUGCUCACGGUACUCUGACCUUUCGCAAUUCCUUUCAGAUAAACCCAUAGAACACCGACGGAUCCUAAACAAGCCAGUUCCAAGCUUGCCCAACAUGGACCGUGUUUUCGAAGAAGCCAUCGCUAAGGUACGAAAGCAGUACCCUGGCCGCCUGGCUCCGGAGACUUGUGUCCGUUCAGUCCAGGCCUCCGUGAAGCAUCUUUAUGAAGAGAGCAUCAAGGAAGAAGAAAAGCUGUUUAUGUACCUUCGGGCGUCAGGGCAGGCUAAAGCCCUGCAGUAUGCCUUUUUUGCUGAAAGGUCUGCAAGUAAGUGGUCAACUCCCUCAGGAGCGUCUUGGAAAACAGCAUCUGCUCAACCCAUCUCCUCAGUUGGCGUUCUUGGCUUGGGAACGAUGGGCCGAGGCAUCACCAUUUCUUUUGCAAGGGUGGGGAUCCCUGUGGUUGCUGUAGAGUCAGACCCGAAGCAGCUAGAUGCCGCAAAGAAGAUAAUUACUUCCAUUUUGGAAAAGGAAGCAUCCAAGAGUGGCCAAGCUUCCGCAAAACCAAAACUCAGGUUCUCGUCCUCCACAAAGGAGCUUUCGAGUGUGGAUUUAGUGGUUGAAGCAGUGUUCGAAGACAUGGAGCUGAAGAAGAAGGUUUUUGCUGAACUGUCAGCCCUGUGUAAGCCAGGAGCCUUUCUGUGCACCAACACCUCAGCGCUGAACGUGGAUGACAUUGCUUCUUCCACAGAUCGUCCUCAGCUGGUGAUUGGCACCCACUUCUUCUCACCAGCCCACCUCAUGAGGUUACUAGAGGUCAUCCCUGGCCGAUACUCUUCCCCUACCACCAUCGCCACGGUUAUGACCUUAUCCAAAAAGAUCGGAAAGAUUGGAGUCGUUGUUGGCAACUGCUAUGCAUUUGUUGGGAAUCGAAUGUUUGCUCCAUAUUACAACCAGGGGUAUUUCUUGUUAGAGGAAGGUUGUAAGCCAGAGGAGGUCGAUGAGGUCUUAGAAGAGUUUGGCUUUAAAAUGGGACCCUUCAGAGUGUCUGACCUCACAGGGCUAGAUGUGGGUUGGAAAGUUCGCAAGGGGCAAGGCCUUACUGGACCAUCACUGCCACCAGGAACCCCUGCCCGAAAGCGGGGCAACACCAGGUAUUCCCCACUUGCUGAUAUGCUCUGUGAAGCUGGGCGAUAUGGUCAGAAGACAGGUAAGGGCUGGUAUCAGUAUGACAAGCCACUGGGUCGUGUCCACAAACCUGAUCCCUGGCUUUCUAACUUCCUGUCACAGUACAGAGAAACCCAUCACAUCCAGCAUCGCUCCAUCAGCAAGGAGGAGAUCCUGGAGCGCUCCUUGUAUUCCCUUAUCAACGAGGGAUUCCGAAUCUUAGAGGAGGGCAUGGCUGCUAGUCCAGAGCACAUAGAUGUCAUCUAUUUGCAUGGAUACGCGUGGCCGAGGCACACGGGCGGGCCCAUGUACUACGCUUCCUCAGUUGGGUUGCCCACAGUUCUAGAGAAAUUGCAGAAAUAUUACAGACAGAACCCUGAUAUCCCCCAACUGGAGCCCAGUGACUACCUGAGAAGGCUGGUUGCCCAGGGAAGCCCUCCUCUGAAAGAGUGGCAAAGCUUGGCAGGGCCCCAUAGCAGCAAACUGUGAUUCAGCCUUCUGCAUUUGCCACGUACGUUGGCAUCUAAUUUCAGUGUGAUUCAUUCCUAAAAUCUAAACAGAUUACUCGGAAGUACAAAUCAUGAUUGCUGAUGGUGCUGGUGCUGGUGGUGCUGCUGAUAACUGGUCAGCAAAAGCUCCUCUCUGUAUCUUUUUACCUCAUAAUUCUAAUGGCCAGAUUUCAGGAAUGUGUUUUCUAUACCUCUGCCUGUACUUAUAUCAGAAAAAUUCAGCGACUAUGUACUUACUACUACAGGUGUCCUUCUCUUUUGAUUGUUAGCCUGGUGUAACAAAAACUUAUACAAAAUGUUGCUAGUAGAGUAAUUCAUAACUCCAGCUGACAACCCGCAUGUGCCUUAGCAGAUCAACAAAAGUGGCAUGUACAUACAAGUGACACAUUUCAGCUGUGUGACGUAACUGGCACAUGUGACAUGGUGCUGGGCUAGAGCCUUGUCCUGCGUGAGAGGAGGCAUGCAGAGAAGGCCACACAUCGUAUGGAUGUGGAUAUAAAAUCCCAGAAUAUGCAGAUCUGUGGACAAUGUAGCCCAAGGCUGUAAUUAAUUGUUAGAAACCAAAAUUACUGCUGAUCAUGCAGAGUGUCUUUGGGGUUUGAUAAAUUUUUUUCUAAAAGUACUCUAGUGGUGGAUCUGUAACACACUGAGUUCAACGGUUCAAAGUGACUGUGUUGCAUAUGUAUAUAAUCUAUCUCAAUAAAGUUA